AUGGCACAUUCCUUCAGAUUUUCAAUAGAUCGAGGUGGGACUUUUACAGACAUUUAUUGUGACUAUCUCUCUGCUGAUGGAAGUAGAAUGUGCAAAAUCAUGAAGCUUUUAAGCGUUGACCCAGCAAACUACCCUGAUGCGCCAACUGAAGGGAUUCGUAGAAUCCUCCAAGAAAUCACUCAAAUUGAAUAUCCAAAAAAUAUCCCAGUCAACACUCAUCUAAUCAGUUCAAUAAGAAUGGGAACAACUGUGGCUACAAAUGCUCUUCUUGAACGUAAAGGGAAACAAUUUGCCUUAUUAAUCACUAAAGGCUUUAAAGACUUAAUGAUCAUUGGAAAUCAGACUCGCCCUCACAUUUUUGCACUAAAUAUCCAAAGAGGACAAAAGCUCUUUUCUGAAGUAAUUGAAGUCAAUGAAAGAGUUCAAAUUGUCUCAAACCCACAAAAUGCAGAAAUUGGGACUACAGGAGAAUAUUUUAAUGUCAUAACUCCAUUAGACACCCAACAGCUCACUCAAGACUUAGAGAACUUAAAACAGAAAGGAAUUGAAUCUAUUGCUAUUUGCUUUGCUCAUUCUUAUGCUUAUAGGAAACACGAAAUCCAAGCAGCUGAAAUCUGUAGAGCACUAGGCUUUAGUCAUAUUUCAGUAUCCUCAGAAAUAAUGCCAAUGGUUAAGAUGUAUCCGAGAGCGUCUACAGUAUGCAUUGAUGCUUAUUUAACCCCUAUUAUAAAAGAAUAUAUUCAGAAUUUCUGCAAUGGCUUCGACGCACAUUUGUCAGAAAUUCCAGUUUUAUUCAUGCAGUCAGAUGGAGGGUUGUCAUCAAUCGAAAAUUUUUUGGGGAGUAAAGCAAUUCUUUCAGGGCCAGCUGGAGGUGUUAUUGGAUUUUCACAGACUGCUGCUUCUCCACUUAUAGGAUUUGAUAUGGGAGGAACAUCUACAGAUGUGUCAAGGUAUGCAGGCCAUCUUGAGCGGAUCUAUACCAAAUGAUCAUGCAAAUUUGACGGUGAAAUAUCCUGGGGAAAUUUGUUGGAAAAUUUUGAUAGUGAGACAUUUAAUUGAAAAAAAAAUUAGAUUAAAUGUAACACUAUUAAAAAUCAAACAAAUUUAUUUCGAUGAAAUAAUGUACACUAUCAAAAGUAAAAAAUCACUGCACUUGCACCAUCUUUGAGCAUCUUUUUGAAACUGAAAUCUCAGGAGUCCAUCUUCAAGGUGCUCAUCUGGAUAUUACAACAGUGGCAGCAGGAGGUGGAUCAAAACUAUUUUUUAGAAGUGGGCUCUAUGUUGUAGGUCCAGACUCCGCUGGAGCACAUCCUGGCCCUUUAUGCUACAGAAAAAAUGGCUAUGCAACUAUUACUGAUGCUAAUUUGGUUUUAGGAAGAUUGAUUCCAAAGUUUUUCCCCGAAAUAUUUGGCCCGGACCAAAAUUUGCCAAUUGAUUACAAUGCUGCGAGAGAAGGGCUUCAACAGUUGACUAAUGAAAUAAAUGCUUUUCAAAAUUCUAAUUUGACAUGUGAAGAAGUUGCACUUGGAUUUGUAAAGGUUGCUAAUGAAAGUAUGUGCAGACCUAUUAGAGCACUUACCCAAUCAAGAGGGUAUGACCCAAAAAAGCACACCUUGGCUUGUUUUGGAUCUGCAGGUGGGCAGCAUGCUUGUGCUAUUGCGAGAUCUCUUGGGAUUACAAAAAUAGCUGUUCAUAAGUAUUCAGGGAUUUUAAGUGCGUAUGGCUUAAGCAUGGCAGAUGUUGUUUUAGAAGAUCAGCAGCCUUGUGCAUUAUAUCUAAAUGAAGAAAAUAUAAUGCUUUCUAUUCAGAAACUGAAUGAAAUGAGUUUGAAAAUAGUUGAUAAAUUCCAACAGCAAGGGUUCGUCAAACCAAACAUAAAAAUAGAAAAUUUCAUGCACUUGAGAUUUGUGGGGACUGACACAGCGAUUUCAAUUCUUUACACUGAAGGUCUUGAUCUCAAACAAGCUUUUUAUGAAAUAUACCUAUCUCUCCUCAUCUUUAAUAUAGGAUUCUAAUAUAAAACUUGUUCAAUAAUAUAUAAGCUUUCUUAUAUAAAAAGCUCAUUGAACAAUAAAAAUAAUAUAUAAUGAAUAAAAUCAAUUCUAACGACUAGCUAUAUCCUUUCGAUUAUAUGGAAAAGAUAAAGAUUAUCAUAGGAAUGCUUCUAUUAAUUUUAAUCAGAUAUGCAUUGCUAUAGAUAUAAUUUUUUUCUAGAAAUUUUUAACCUCCUUUCUUGAUUGAGCAAAAAGAGGAGAGUAAGAGAAUAUGGAUUUGUUCUAGGAAAGAGAGACAUAGUUAUUGAUAUAUUAAGAGUUAGGGGCUCUGCAACCUUAGAUUCUAUUCAUGAAAUAGAAAUACCAGAUAGAGCUGAAGCUGAGCCAAUAGCAGUUACAAAUGUAUGAUUUGAAACAGAAACUGGUUUUGAAAAUCUCCCAACAAAAGUCUACAGACUUGAGUCUCUUGCGCACAAUCAAACGAUCAAUGGCCCAGCAAUAAUUUUAAACGAGACAUCAACAAUAAUAAUUGAAUAUAAAUGCACAGCAACAAUUUCCCCUCAUGGAAACGUCGAAAUCCACGUUUCAAGUCUCAAUCCCUCCUUCUCUGAAAUUGAAUGUGAUCCCAUCCUUUUAUCAAUUUUUGGUCACAGAUUCAUGAGCAUUGCAGAACAGAUGGGAAGAGUCCUACAACGAACUGCAGUUUCUACAAACAUAAAAGAAAGACUCGACUAUUCAUGUGCCAUUUUUGACCCUAAAGGUAGCUUAGUAGCAAAUGCUCCGCAUUUGCCAGUUCAUCUAGGAUCAAUGCAAGAAGCAGUAAAAUCACAAAUAAAACUUCUAGGCGAUGAUUGGAAAGAAGGCCAAGUAAUUAUGUCAAACCAUCCAUCAGCAGGAGGUACCCAUCUUCCAGAUAUUACGGUUAUAACUCCAGUUUACUUCAAAGGAGAAGUUGUAUUUUAUCUUGCUAGCAGAGGACAUCAUGCAGACAUAGGUGGAUCCACACCAGGGUCCAUGCCUCCUUUUUCACGAUAUCUGACUGAAGAAGGGGUAAGCAUUAAAUCAUGCAAAAUUGUGGUUGAUGAUGAGUUCCAGGAAGCAACUGUUAGAGAUUUAUUCAGAGAAAGCAGAGGCCUUGAAGACAAUGUGAGUGAUCUUAAAGCACAAAUUGCAGCAAAUAAUAAAGGGAUAUCAUUAUUGAAUGAUCUCAUAGAGGAGUAUAGUCUCCCAGUUGUUCAAGCUUAUAUGCUUUAUAUUCAGCAAGCAGCAAGCCAAAGUGUAAAAGAUUUGCUGUCAAAGGUCUCAGAAACUUCAGUUGUAUUAAGAUCUGUAGAUUAUAUGGACGAUGGGUCUCCUAUAUCUUUACCCCUCUGUCAGCGAACAAAAUCAUUGGGGAAAUCCUAUUUUUGGGUAAAAAAACCCUUCGUCAACAGAUAAAAUAUUUUUAAUAUAAUUUUUUAUGAAAAAAUAUUUUGAUAUAUAGGUGAUAAUUCCUAUCAUGAAAUCUCUAGCUUUUUCUGUUGAAUUUUAAACAGCUUGUAUUUUAAAAAUAAAUUUUAUAAAUUAACUUUUAGUUUCCAAUUUUUGCGAAUUAAGUAUCGAGAAAAAAUAAGUUUUACUUAUAUAUAAAUUUUUUUUAAAAAACAAUUAACCCUGUGAGCGAAAAAAUUUUGUUCUUUACUGAGGUGAAGUUAGUGAUAACUAUUGAUAAAGCUACAAUGACAGCCCAUUUUGACUUUACAGGGACAGGACAUCAAGUAUUGAGCAAUUUAAAUGCCCCAUACUGUGUAUGCAGAUCUGCAGUCAUAUACUGUUUGAGAUGCCUCGUAGAUACUGAUAUUCCUCUAAAUCAAGGAUGUCUAGACCCUAUCACAAUUACAAUUCCCCCAAACUCUAUUCUUUAUCCUUCAGAAGAUGCUGCAGUUGUCGGAGGAAAUGUUCUUACAUCUCAAAGAAUCACAGAUGUGAUCUUAAAAGCCUUCGAGGCUUGUGCAGCUUCUCAAGGAUGUAUGAACAAUUUUACCUUUGGAAAUUCAAAAUUCGGGUACUAUGAAACUAUAUGUGGAGGUAGCGGAGCAGGAUUUGGGUGGGAUGGAGCAAGUGGAGUCCAAACUCAUAUGACAAAUACCAGAAUUACUGAUGUAGAAAUAAUGGAAAGGAGAUACCCAGUUUUAAUUAAGCAAUUUAGCAUCAGAAAUGGAAGUGGAGGUGCAGGGAAAUGGAGAGGCGGAGAUGGAGUGGUGAGGGAGUUUCAAUUUUUAGAAGAGCUACAAGUUAGCAUUUUAAGUGAAAGAAGAGCGAUGAGACCUUUUGGACUUAAAGGCGGUAAAGAUGCCCAGCCCGGACUGAAUUUAUUAAUUAGAAAUGAUGGAGUUACCAUAAACUUAGGAAGUAAAAACACUUGCAAAGUGAAUCCAGGCGAUAUCGUAAGAAUAUGCACUCCAGGAGGUGGAGGGUUCGGGGAGGAAUAA